AUAAUUCUCCUUUUAAGGUUUUUUAAAAACGAACAGCCAAUAAUCAACUCACUCCAAAAGAUACCAAAUUUGGUCCAUAUCUAAAAAUUAAAGAACAAUAAAUACUGGGAGCGAAAACCAACCAUGAGGCAAGCGAAUCGUACCACCAUAAAAAACUGGGACUUUCGACCAAGGACCCAUGUCGAUAAUGUCCGCUCACUUGAGCGAUACAACACGCGAUACGACAAGUGAUGCGAUAAGCAAUGCGACUCGUCAGUGAAUCAUGUCGGCUCGACAGGACGACGUCUCUUCUGCUAUUAGUUUUGUGAAUAUAGUCGAGCAGUACCCAUGCUUAUGGAACUGUUCUUUGAAAAGUUACUCCAGAACUGAUAUAACAAGCGAAGCAUGGAAGAAAAUAGCAGAAAAGAUUAAGGACACAGAACAAAACUGUCGUGAUCGCUGGAAAAAUAUUCGAACUGCUUUUGGGAGGUCAAUGAGGCCACCCAAAUCUGGAUCUGGAGGAAAAUCAAAAAAGCCGUACUACUUGGCGACUUAUCUUCAUUUUCUCCGUCCAUAUAUGAAGGGAGCAUCAAUGUCUGGGAAUGUUCUGCUAAAAGAAGAAAUUGACUAUGACAUGCAAGAAACAAGCGCACACGAUGAGGAAGGCACGCUAGAGGAUACCCCCGAGGUUACACCAGCUAAUGAGACUCUCCUCAAAUUGGAGGAGGCUGAGAUUCAUCAAGAUCCCACCCCGAGUAAGAGAAGAAGAAUGUCUAAUGAGCAAAGCCAUUCUGACAAAUUUAUUACAGACGAACAGCAAGAUGGCGACUGGCUUUUUUUCCGUUCCUUACUUCAAGAUUUUAAGAAGCUUAACGAGAAGCGUAAAAGAUAUCUGAAACUUAAAUUUGCAACUCUUCUGUAUGAGGAAUUGGACCAAGCUGAAGCUGAGGAAUAAGUCUCAAGUUCUUUGUAUUCAACGGGUUUGACUAAUGCUUCAGAAUAAACGUCACUAAAUUUCUUAAAUUUACUGUAUUAAUUACUUUAAUGAUUUUAUGUGAAAUGACAGUUUUGUUGCGUAAAUUAUUCCUUUUCUACUAUCUAGAACGUGUUGUUCUCUUCAUUAAGAUAAAUUUCAAACAUUUUAAUAAAAAUCUUAAAGGAAUAAACCAACAGUUUAAGGAAUGUGUUAGAAAAUUAUGACUUACCUUAGUGUAUAAGCGGUUUUUCAACUGGUGAAACAAACUGUAAUGCGUAUUUUUUCUCUAGUUGUGGUUACGAGUCACAGUAAAAGCAGGUAAUGUUCUAAGCUCAUUCUGUAAAACUUUAAAUUUCUGUUCAAAGAUUUUUGAGCAUGGAUUUUUUCUUAUGUUUGUCGACCAUCCAGUCUCGAGAAUACUUCAGAGAUAAUGCCAAGAAGUAAGAACACUUCCAAAGUGCUGUUGCACAGUGCACUCGAGCUCUAGCUAGGCCUAAUUUCUCUGCUGGGCUGAUUCUCACCACGAUUGGACUUGCUUUCUUUAAAAAAAACUUCACAAAUCAUGAGACAACACUGCAGAUUGUGAAAUACCUAAACACAUUUGAUGUACCAACCCAAAUAAGGAUAGGUAGAUAGAGACGAUCGGUAAGGAUAAAAUUACAGGUUCAUCACCUUGCAGGCUACAGGAGGAAAUCUCGCAAAUAAUUAUUAUAUCAAAUACAAAGAAAGUGAAGUUUAAAAACAACAAAUCUCGUCAACUAAAAGAGCAAUACACAACAAGGACAAGUGGCUGGUACUAUUUAUUAUUUUCUGGUAGUAUCCAAUCAUUUUAGUCAGCCUAGCUAACACGUACUUGUGGUUCUCACUGUUUUCCAGUAGUGGGAAUGUGAAGAUAGUGGAACAUGUUUGAAACAAAGGCCAGGUAUAAUCUGAAAAAUCAAAGUUGAAUUUUUACCAUCUAAAAAGAUGAUCCUGAAAUUGUAAUAUAUUUUUUUCAUUGCUGAAUAGGGAGGUCACUAAGUAGACCAGUUAUUUUAAUAAUUAAUCAUCC